UAAUUUAGAGCCGCGCGCCGGGCGGGAAUGUAAGAUGGCGGAGUAGCAGCGCAAAGCGGUCAGUAUUAAGUAUUUGGGCAGACUUCGGUUCUGGUCUCCGCAGCAGCAGUGAUCGUUGAGCGACGAGCGCCUAGGAUAAUUGUUCAAGAUGCCGAAUAUCAAAAUCUUCAGCGGCAGCUCUCAUCAGGACUUAUCCCAGAAAAUUGCUGACCGCCUGGGCCUGGAGCUAGGCAAGGUGGUGACUAAGAAAUUCAGCAACCAGGAGACCUGUGUGGAAAUUGGUGAAAGUGUACGUGGAGAAGAUGUCUACAUCGUUCAAAGUGGUUGUGGUGAAAUCAACGACAAUCUAAUGGAGCUUUUGAUCAUGAUUAAUGCCUGCAAGAUUGCUUCAGCCAGCCGGGUUACUGCAGUCAUCCCAUGUUUCCCUUAUGCCCGGCAGGAUAAGAAGGAUAAGAGCCGGGCACCAAUCUCUGCUAAGCUUGUUGCAAAUAUGCUGUCUGUAGCUGGUGCAGAUCAUAUUAUCACCAUGGAUCUACAUGCUUCUCAAAUUCAGGGCUUUUUUGAUAUCCCAGUGGACAAUUUGUAUGCAGAGCCAGCUGUCCUGAAGUGGAUUAGGGAGAAUAUCUCUGAGUGGAGGAACUGCACUAUUGUGUCACCUGAUGCUGGUGGAGCCAAGAGAGUGACCUCCAUUGCAGACCGGUUGAAUGUGGACUUUGCCUUGAUUCACAAAGAACGGAAGAAGGCCAAUGAAGUGGACCGCAUGGUGCUAGUGGGAGAUGUGAAGGAUCGAGUCGCUAUCCUUGUGGAUGACAUGGCUGACACAUGUGGCACAAUUUGUCAUGCUGCUGACAAACUUCUCUCAGCUGGAGCGACCAGAGUUUAUGCUAUCUUGACUCACGGAAUCUUUUCUGGCCCAGCCAUUUCUCGAAUCAAUAAUGUGAUUGACAUCUCUAUGAUCCUUGCGGAAGCCAUCAGGAGAACUCAUAAUGGGGAAUCUGUUUCCUACCUAUUCAGUCAUGUUCCUUUAUAAUAGAAUAACUUGAGGCUUUUUUAAAAAUAAAAUCAACCCUACCCCUUGUUUCCCUUAGUAUUUCAUGACAAAUUCAGCAGAAGACCCAGCUUGCUCCAGUAUAGCUUUCUACAUCCCACAUCAUGUAAAUGAGGGUUUAUUGUAAAUUGGGGGAAGACAGAUUGAGAUUAAUUGCUGGGAUUUCUUAACUGCAUUGUCUCAUUCUGGCUUCCUUAAUGAUUUUGUGAACCUUGCAGCUUUAACUAGAGUUCAGCUGCUUCAAGAUCUCAGACUUCUGAGGGUGUUGAAUAAGGCUGUUUAGAUGGUUGGGGAAGCUCAGACUUUGCAUGUGAAUACUUUGGGGAUUUUUCUUUAUCGGAACAACUAGCCACAAAGCAGCCCAUGUGUGACAAGUUUCUCCAAGAUCUAUGCUAAAUCAAGAACAAGAGCUUUCGGCAGCCCCCAGACCUAUUCUCCUGAGCAAGCACCCUGUUAAGGCAGGAGCAGGCAACUCAGCCUGAAAAAACUGUUGGGUGGCAUCCUGAGGGGGUAGGGGGUAGCACAGUGCAGCAAAUGUUUCUUGGGAGGAAGAAGCCUGAUUCAUUGUCAUCUGCUUGACCAUGUAGCUUGUAUUCCCUUUGUACCUAUUCCUUUCUAUGGCUUUACAACUUCAGCCAUUUUGACCUUUUCCUGGCCAGAUAUCCUCUUGGGCCCAAACAAUCAUUGUAUCAUAGUCUUCUAGAACACAGACUUGCUUCCUGCUGUGUAAUUGCUAACAUUCACAUUAGAUAUUUUGCUGUAGCUUAACCUUCCUUAGCCUACUUCCACCGUGGUUGUGGAUUUUAGGUGGUAUACUAGUGCCUUUUAAUUUAAGUAUUUAAUUUUCAUCUUUCUUCCUGGAAUCUGUUUGGCCUCUCCAAUGACCUGACAUUUCUGUUAAAAGUUUGAUGUUAAUUGUCUCUUGUAGAAGAAACUAAUAAAGUGUCUAUGUGUGUGA